UCUUGGCCGGCACCAACACCGGUGCCAAACGUGACCCUGGAUCCACCUCCGCUCUCAGCGCCCACGUUUUCCGGAACAACGUUCGUUGGCUCCCCUGGGGUUUCUUCCACGGUUCCACCAACUCGCCCGGUAAUAUCCGCAUCACUGGCUGCCUCCUCUCUGUCUGACUUGGUGCAAACUAUAUCCCAUGUGGCUACCAAUGUCACAAACAUUGUUACUACCAAACUUUUGGCGGUGGAAGAUUACACAAUUUGGCGGACACAAUUUGAAUCCUUUUUGGUCUCGCAAGCUCUUUUAGGAAUGAUUGAUGGAACUAUUCAGGUAUCUCCCGCUUAUUUCAUAGAUGUUCUAAACCGACAAAUUCCCAAUCCCGAAUUUUCUUUAUGGUUACGUCUUGAUCAAACCAUCCGAUCUUGGCUUUUUGCUACUCUUUCUCGGGAUGUACUUAUAGAUGUUCGGGACUUAAAACACUCUUUUGAAAUUUGGGAACGGUUAGAAUCUCGUUUUAUGUCUGCUAGUCUAGCUCGUUCUAUGGAAUUAAAGCGUCUGUUAUCUCAACUCAAAAAGAAACCUGAUCAGUCCAUGGAUAAUUAUUUGCGAGAGAUUAAAAUUUUGGUUGAUGAUCUUGCUACUAUCAACUGCCCCGUUCCUCCCCGCGAAGUUUUAAAAACCACCAUUAUGGGACUUGGACCUGAGUAUGAGUCAUUGUUCACUACAGUGUCUCUAUUCCCUCAACACUUUCCUUUUGAGACACUUCGCAAUCAUCUUCUUGAAUUAGAGCAACGGGUUAUUUAUCUACGGUCACAAGAACAAACCUCCGUUCAUCAAGCUUUCGAUGCUCACAUUCCUCAGCCCGGAGUUCAGGCAGGUCAGCCGCAUGGCAAUCAGCAGCAAAGUGGACAACAAUCGGGCGCUCAACAGGUCCAACAACGUCCUCCUGGCUCUCAUCAACGUGGUCGAGGUGGCCGCGGACGUGGUGGUAGAGGCCGUGGAGGACGCGGUCGGUGGGGUCGUGAACAGCAGCCCGUCCCCUAUGGUUCCCCGGCAGGCUGGUAUCCGACACAUGCUCCGCCCCAGUUCUAUGCUUCCGCCGGUUCUUAUCCAGCCGCAGGGGGUGCAUCUCACACUGGUACUGUAUUUUGUAAUUCUUCCGUGUCACAUUUAAAUAUUAAUGCCUUAUCUGUUUGUGAUACUAACCGUGGGUCUGCAGACUUAUCACCAGCUAGGGGUAUUCUUGGUUCAGUCCCUCCUCCUGUCGUCUGUCAAAUUUGUUUCUCUGCAGGUCACUCUGCGAUUACCUGUCCGUCCCGUUUCCAGCAACCAUCUGCGCCAGCUCUGUUGAUUACUCCCGGUGAAUCUAAUUCUGCACUAUGGUAUCCGGAUUCCGGAGCUUCUACUCACAUGACCGCCUCAGAAGGACAAAGCCUCGGGGGCAGUACUUCUGCGAGCUACCAGUAGCGGUCCUCUCUAUCCUAUCAGUUUGCCAUCAUCACCAUCUUUUGCCUUAGCUUCCGUACUUGCUUCUGGCCCUGUGUGGCACCGUAGAUUAGGCCAUUGUAGUGAUCAUGUUUUGCAGUUUCUUAAACGUCAACAAUUUUUAUGUAAUCACACUCCUUUUACCCAUGAUUGUGUUGCUUGUCGGUUAGGAAAAUCACAACGUUUGCCCUUUAAGGAUGCUACUCAUAUUUGUUCUCUUCUGUUGCAAAUUAUUCAUUCUGAUGUGUGGCAAUCUCCUAUUUCUUCUAAUUUGGGAUUCAAGUAUUAUGUAUGUUUUAUUGAUGAUUAUUCUCGAUUUUCUUGAAUUUAUCCAAUGUGUCACAAAAGUGAAGUGUUCACUCAUUUUAAGAAUUUUAAAGUUCUGGUGGAAAAUCUUUUUAACCAGAAAAUUAAAAUUUUUCAAAGUGAUGGAGGCGGUGAAUUUGUUAAUAAUAAUAUGCAGCAAUUUUUUACCGCAAAUGGCAUUUAUUUUCAAAAAUCCUGUCCUGACACACCCCAACAAAAUGGGGUGGCUGAACGCAAACAUCGGCAUCUUCUAGAAUUAACUCGCACUAUGCUUCUUGAGGCUUCUGUACCGAGUCAAUUCUGGGGUGAUGCUCUUUUUACAGCUGCAUAUAUUAUUAAUAGGUUACCUUCGCCUAUUUUACAAGGUUUCUCUCCGUAUCAGAAACUCUUUCAUCGGAUUCCGGAUUAUUCUUUCAUGCGCGUUUUCGGUACGACAUGUUAUCCCAAUUUUUCAGCCACCUCAGCUAAUAAACUCUCACCACGGUCCGUUCAAUGUAUUUUUCUUGGUUAUGCAUCUGGCUACAAGGGUUAUGCACCGGUCGUGUUUAUGUUAGUCGUCACGUACGUUUCCAUGAGGAUUUAUAUCCCUUCAAAACUCUUGCUCACUCUGGAACUU